CAUCUACCGACACCACAACGACGGACACAACACCGACUGACACCACACCAACUGUGACAUCGACGGUCACCACAUCGACGGCCACAUCUACCGACACCACAACGACGGACACAACACCGACUGACACCACACCAACCGUGACAUCGACGGUCACCACACCGACGGCCACAUCUACCGACACCACAAUGACGGAUACAACACCGACUGACACCACACCAACCGUGACAUCGACGGUCACCACACCGACAGCCACAUCUACCGACACCACAACGACGGACACAACACCGACUGACACCACACCAACCGUGACAUCGACGCUCACCACACCGACAGCCACAUCUACCGACACCACAACGACGGACACAACACCGACUGACACCACACCAACUGCGACAUCGACGGUCACCACACCGACGGCCACAUCUACCGACACCACAACGACGGACACAACACCGACUGACACCACACCAACCGUGACAUCGUCGGUCACCACACCGACGGCCACAUCUACCGACACCACAAUGACGGACACAACUCCGACUGACACCACACCAACCGUGACAUCGUCGGUCACCACACCGACGGCCACAUCUACCGACACCACAAUGACGGACACAACUCCGACUGACACCACACCAACCGUGACAUCGACGGUCACCACACCGACGGCCACAUCUACCGACACCACAACGACGGACACAACACCGACUGACACCACACCAACUGUGACAUCGACGGUCACCACAUCGACGGCCACAUCUACCGACACCACAACGACGGACACAACACCGACUGACACCACACCAACAGUGACAUCGACGGUCACCACACCGACGGCCACAUCUACCGACACCACAAUGACGGAUACAACACCGACUGACACCACACCAACCGUGACAUCGACGGUCACCACACCGACAGCCACAUCUACCGACACCACAACGACUGACACCACACCAACCGUGACAUCGACGGUCACCACACUGACGGCCACAUCUACCGACACCACAAUGACGGAUACAACACCGACUGACACCACACCAACCGUGACAUCGACGGUCACCACACCGACAGCCACAUCUACCGACACCACAACGACGGACACAACACCGACUGACACCACACCAACUGCGACCAUCGACGGUCACCACACCGACAGCCACAUCUACCGACACCACAACGACGGACACAACACCGACUGA